CGCAGGUCAGGUCCAGUGGAUAAGUCGGUCUACCGUUAAGACUUUCACUACUUCCGCUUCACUUUCACAACCACGUUAGACGCGACUCGAAACGGACGUGUUGUGCGGCAGCCCUCCUUGGCGGAUAAUCGAGUGCCGUGCUCACCGUCCAACAGAGUAAUUUUCAGUUCAUUCAACAUUGGAAGAUAAGUUCAAUAAAAUGGAUUUCAGUUUAAAAAUCGAAGUGAGAAGUGAUUUGAAAUUAGUUAAAGUGGUUGUGAAAACAUGUUAAAACUAUUUUGUUAGAACACAAAGGGAUAUUUAUAAGAAAGCAGUUACUGUUUCCAAGUGCGUGAACCCCGGUCGAAGAUAGAAGAAAGGUUGCCCCUUCUGAUUUCCGACCACACUGAAUACAACCAUUGGAGGAGGAAAAUAACAGCUGAGGCCAACAAAAAUAAUCUGGAAUGAUCCUAUGGGAAUUAUCCGAUUGUUCCGGAACUACGUGCUGUGAUUUUCAGGUAUUCUAGGAAACACUCGUUCGACGCAAGCAUGGCGGAAAACGUGAAGGUUGUGGUCCGCUGUAGACCGAUGAACAAGCGUGAACAAUCAUCUGGAUGCAAAAACAUUACCCAAAUUGAGAACUCAACGGUAAACUUAGACAAUCCAAAUGAUGCUAGCGCCCCGCAAAAAUCGUUCAAGUUUGAUAGCGCCUAUGGUUAUGCAGCGACGACCGAGAAUAUUUAUAGCGAAAUCUGUUACCCGUUGAUUGAGAGCGUCCUCGAGGGAUACAAUGCCACAAUAUUUGCGUACGGUCAAACUGGUUGCGGGAAGUCACACACCAUGCAAGGUACGACCUACAACGUAUCGGCGGCAGAUCCAAACAACGCCAACAACAUCGGCAUCAUCCCUCGGUCGUUUGAGCACGUGUUCGAGGCAAUCGCUGUGGCGAGUGAUGUUCGAUACCUGGUCCUGGUCAGUUACCUGGAAAUCUACAACGAAACCAUUCGGGAUCUGCUGGCGGUGAAUUCCGGGGGUAGUGCAAACCUCGCUAUCAAGGAAGUUCCAGGCGAAGGCGUCACAGUGCAGGGCCUAUCGAUGCAUACCGUGCACGGUAUGAAGGAGUGUAUUGAACUGUUGGAGACGGGAGCAAAGAAUCGGAUAGUUGGCGCGACACUGAUGAACAUCGAGAGUUCCCGUUCGCAUUCGAUUUUCACGAUAAGCUUGGAACAGAUGUCGACCGGUUCCGAGCAGGACGCUGUGAUAAAGCGGGGAAAGUUGAAUCUGGUGGAUCUGGCAGGGUCUGAGCGACAGAGCAAAACCGGUGCAACUGGCGAUAGGUUAAAAGAGGCGACCAAGAUUAACCUCUCCCUCUCGGCCCUAGGGAACGUUAUCUCAGCGUUGGUCGACGGCAAAACAAAACACGUACCUUACAGGGAUUCCAAAUUGACACGGCUACUGCAGGACUCACUGGGUGGAAACACAAAGACGUUGAUGAUUGCUUGUAUUUCACCGGCAGAUUUCAACUAUGAUGAGACGCUUUCGACACUACGCUACGCAAGUCGAGCGAAGAACAUAGCCAACAAACCAAAGAUCAAUGAAGAUCCUAAGGAUACGAUGCUUCGGGAAUAUCAAGAGGAGAUUCAACGAUUGAAGCAAAUGCUGGCAAUGGAAGGAAAGCUACCGGUAGAUAAUGGAUUUUCCUCGAGUGAUGUGCUCGAUACAGCUGUUAUCUCCGGUGCAGUCCAAUCGACGUUUGAGGAUGAGAAACGUAGGUUGAAAAAUCAGUACGAAAUGGAAGUGACGAGUUUUAGAAAGGAGUAUGAACAGCAGAAAAUCGCCAAACAGGAGCUUGUAAAGGAUAUCGAAAAAAUCAAGUCAUACUACGAAGGACAGAUGCAGGAGUUGGUUGCGAAGAGGAAUGCGGAGAAGGAGCAAGAGGCUGCUGUGAGUGCAGAGUUAGUGGUUAAGACGCCAGUAGAUAAACAAGAAAUUUACAAUCGAAUCAAGCAAAUCAAGGAUGCGUUGAUUGGUGGCGAACGAGUAAACGACAUCCAGCUGAAGGAGAAGCGCUAUCGGAAUAAAUUAGCAUCCGAGAAACGCUUAAACGCGCUGGCGCAUGUGAUAAGUAGAGUGGAGCAGAGCGAGGAUCGGGAUCUACUACAGGGUCACUAUACGGAUAUACAGCAGGAGUUAAAGGUGCGUUACGAGCAGAUUAGGCAACAAAGACGAAGGAUCAAAUCGCUGGAACGGGACAUCUCUGACAUUCAGGGAGAGUUCCAGACGGAUCGGGCUGAUUAUUUGGCCACGAUCCGGCUGUUGGAGAAAAAGAUACUGUUUUACGAAGCGGUGUUUCAAAAGGCAUUGCCUGUUCUGCGCAAGGAUGGGCGCUACUGGAAUCUGGAGGGCUUAGAACACGAUUCGGAGUGGAAUGAUGAGCUGAAGAAGUGGAAACUACCGGAAGACACACUGCUCAGGGUGCGGUUUCCUCCUGCCGAUUCUGUCCAGCCGCAGCCGCUAACGAAAUCACCAGCGAAAACGGGCCGCGAUAGUCAAACUUCCCUUACGGCGCCCGGUCGGCUGGAACGGAGCUCCACGAUGAUCCUCACCAAACUACCGAACUGCGAGGGCAACAACUCCUCGGCUGGCGAACCCCGGCGGAAGGAGUUUCUCAGCAAAAGCACCAACUGUAGCCCUUUUCCCAAGAUUGAAGACGUGGCGGUGACGUACUUCCGGCCACGACGGGCAGCCGAACUGGUCUAUCGAAGUGGGUGGGGAGGUUUGCAGAAAUAGUGUACAAUUGUUUGGUUAGAUUUGUUGAUGCGUUUUUGGAUAUUUUUCGAUAAUGUUGCAAGUAAAAUUUAUUUUUGAAAAAUCGUUUUA